GCGCUUGUCCAGCAGACCCCCGCGCACGGAUGAAGCUCGGACCCCGAAAACAACAGAAAAGAGCAACAACCAUUAUUUAAUAUUAAGGGUUCAAAUCUGAACAGAAGGGCCACAAAUGCUUUCCGAGGUGCCGCUUCUGUGCAGUGUUGCUCAAUUAAAAUAACUAACUUCCAGUCAGAGGCAGUCGUGACCGCGAGAUCCGUGGAGAAUUAGUUAUAGUUUAUUAAAGCUCUUAUGAUGACAGGUGUUUGGAAACAACUGUCGGGCUCUACCAAACCCCGAGACUGAGGACCGAACUCAUCAUUAAGUGGACUCAUGAGGUCUGAAGGGGUCUGGAGGGUGUGUGCACGCGGAAGUUGCCAUUAAUGAGAACGCAUCCAUCACUUCAAACAGAUUCCUCUGUGCACAGGUAAGCGCUUCCUCCUCCUCUUCUUCAUCACACCAAGAUCUUUGUUAGCGCACCGAGGACAGACCAAACCAAACCCAUCAAACGCUUUUGCACCUGAGGGGACAUUACGCACGGGCGCACAUUUCCACCAACUGGUUUAAAGCGAAGUCAACUUUACAUCCUUGAACGAGCUGCACAAUGUGUUGUAUUUCUGCCAGGUAAACGCUUCACAGGUGAAGAGAAGAUACCGAGAUGUGUCCACAAACUAUGGCAGAACUAGUAAAUAUCUCAACCGAGUAAACGGCACGGGAUAGUUAAAGAAUUCUUCGCCUCUUGUGAACCCUGACACGGCCGGGAUUAUGGCAGGGUCUCUCGUCCAGGCCUCAUGGUUUCUUUUCCUCGUAAUCCCCCUGGCCCAACCGAGCCCCAGGUACGCCCCAGCCCCGUCCGUUUCCAAGAGAGAGAUCAUCAUGGAUGGAGACCUGGUGAUCGGAGGGCUGUUUCCAGUGCACGAGAAGGGCGAGGGGACGGAGGACUGCGGUAAGAUAAACGAAGAGCGUGGGAUCCAAAGGCUGGAGGCCAUGAUGUUUGCGUUGGAUGAAAUUAACCAAGACAGCCGCAUUUUGCCUGGUUUGAAGCUGGGAGCGCACAUACUGGACACCUGCUCAAAGGACACGUACGCGCUAGAGCAAUCCCUUGAGUUUGUGAGGGCCUCUCUCACUAAAGUGCAUCAGCCGGGGUUCAUCUGUCCCGACGGGUCGAACCCUGUGCCGGAUGAAGUGCCUCUGGCCAUCUCCGGAGUGAUCGGAGGAUCGUAUAGUGAUGUCUCAAUACAGGUGGCAAACCUCCUCAGACUCUUCCAGAUACCGCAGAUAAGUUACGCCUCCACGAGUGCCAAACUCAGCGACAAAUCCCGUUACGAUUAUUUCACCCGAACCGUCCCACCAGACUUCUACCAGGCCAAAGCUAUGGCUGAGAUCCUGCGCUAUUUCAACUGGACCUACGUUUCCACUGUAGCCUCAGAGGGCGACUACGGCGAGACGGGCAUCGACGCCUUCCAACAGGAGGCCCGUGUGCGCCAAAUCUGCAUCGCAACUUCUGUAAAAGUCAGUCGCUCGGUGAACCGAGGGAACUAUGAAAACGUCAUCCGCUCACUUCAGCAAAAAGCCAACGCCAAAGUGGUGAUCCUGUUUACCAAAAGCGAAGAUGCCAGGGAACUGCUUGCCGCCGCAGCCAGAAUGAACGCCACCUUCAUUUGGGUGGCCAGCGACGGUUGGGGGGCACAGGAGAGCGUCGUCCACGGCAGCGAGAAAGCAGCCAACGGGGCGUUUACCAUUGAGCUGGCCUCAUACUCCAUCAGAGAGUUUGAGGACUAUUUCACUAAGCUCACACCUGAAGUCAAUACAAGGAACCCUUGGUUCAGGGAAUUCUGGGAGCACAGGUUCGGCUGUCGUAUACAUGAACACGGCUGCGCCACUAACAGUCUAAGGAACGGGUCAUUUAAGCCGGAAUCAAAGAUCAUGUUUGUGGUGAAUGCUGUCUACGCUAUGGCCUAUGCCCUGCACAAUAUGCGGCAAGCUGUAUGCCCCAACAACACAAAGGUGUGCGAUGCCAUGAAGCCAGGCAAUGGGAAGAGGUUCUACCGUGAGUUUAUUCUCAAGACGAAAUUUGAUGCACCUUUUAGACCACCUGACACUGAGAAUGUGGUACGGUUUACCUCAUUAGGCGACAGUCUGGGUCGCUACAACAUCUUUUACUACCGUCAAGAGGACAACAAGUAUGUCUACAAGAAGGUAGGCUACUGGGCACAGAGUUUAGUGCUCAAUACCAGUGUGGUGAACUGGGCAAGUGGUGCACUCCCUACGUCCCAGUGCAGCGACCCAUGCCAACCCAACGAAGCUAAAAGCAUGCAACCUGGAGACGUAUGCUGUUGGAUUUGCAUCCCAUGCCAGCCUCACCAGUAUCUCCUGGAUGAGUUUACAUGUAUGGACUGUGGUUUCGGAGAGUGGCCCCUUGCCAACCUGACCGGCUGCCAUGAGCUUCCAGAGGAGUACAUUCACUGGUCGGAUGCUUGGGCUGUGGGACCGGUCACCAUCGCUUGUCUGGGAAUGCUGUGCACGCUUGCAGUAGCAGGCCUUUUCUUACGCAAUAACGACACUCCCGUUGUUAAAGCCAGUGGUCGGGAACUCUCGUACAUCCUGCUGUUUGGGGUGCUCAUGUGUUACGCCAUGACCUUCAUUUACAUCGCUAAACCCUCUGCGUUCGUGUGCACCCUACGGCGUCUCGGACUCGGCACGUCUUUUGCCAUCUGCUACUCAGCUUUGCUGACCAAGACCAAUAGGAUCGCACGGAUCUUCGGCGGGGCACGGGACAGCGCCCGGCGACCACGCUUCAUAAGUCCCGCCUCUCAGGUUGCGAUCUGCGCCGUGCUGAUUUCGGCCCAGCUGUUGGUUGCGCUCAUAUGGCUCCUGGUAGAGGCACCUGGGGUGAGGAAAGAGGUGGGCCCAGACAGGAGAGAUGUGGUCACUUUGAAAUGUAACAGUCUGGACUCUAGCAUGCUGGUGUCCCUUACCUACAACUGCAUCCUCAUCAUACUCUGCACCUUCUACGCCUUCAAGACCAGGAAGUGUCCGGAGAACUUUAAUGAGGCCAAGUUCAUCGGCUUCACUAUGUACACCACUUGCAUCAUCUGGCUGGCCUUUCAACCCAUCUUCUACGUUACUGCAAGUGACUACAGAGUACAGACCACCACCAUGUGCAUCUCCGUCAGUCUGAGCGGUUCUGUGGUGCUCGGUUGCCUAUUUGCCCCCAAGAUCCACGUCAUUCUCUUCCAGCCGCAGAAGAACGUGACGACUCUGAGGGCCAAAGACAACCGCUUCUCCACCGUGGCCACCGCACCCAGCUCCACCUACUCACAAGCUUCAGCAUCUACUAUAGUGCCGACCGUGUGCAACGGAAGAGAAGUGGUGGACUCUACAACAUCAUCAUUGUGAAUACAGACAUAUAUUCCAGCAAGAUGGGCCAAUUUUAUAUCACUUGAGCAAAUCGGGAGGUUUGCCAUUUCUUUAACUUAUCCGAAUCUUUACACACUAAUGGAGUACGACACACCAUCGGUUCACUCAAUACUGGUUCAUCUCCUGAUCUGGCUUAAAAAUGAGCUACAUGAACACUUCUGCAUCAUUCAUGAUGUUUCCCCAAACAUGGUCCUAAGCUCCUUCACUGAGCAUGUUUCAGUGUUUCAGUUACACAGUAAAGCUAUUGUUCACGAUCCCAAAAAAAUCCAUCUUUAAGAGCCAGUGUGUAUGUGAUAAACAUGCUGUGCCACACUAGUCCAGCAGAUUUAUGACACUCGCUACAACAGUUUUGAACAAAUGGCAAUAUGUACAAAGAUAUUAACCAGUGUAAUGUUAACAGUAGAUUUGAGUUCUAUAUAACAGAAUUUCGUUGCACUCUAGGAGCCGUCAUCUGGAAAACACUUGCUAUAAAAAGAUAACUUAUACAGUCUCACAUUACUGAGCAGGCAUGCCGUACUGGUAGCAGUACAUACAACAGGAUCAGUGAACCAAAUUUUGACUUAUGUACCCCAGGGGAUUUAAACACUGUAUUCUCAGUGCACGAGAGACUGUAACAAUUGGUCUUGUUUUAGUUCAGUGGUAACAUUGUAAACAUUCAUUCAGAGAAGAGUUGAUUGUCUUUUUAGUGUUGUGAAAAAACGUCUCAUGUUUGGAAUAGUUUAGACGUCACUGCAAGACGAAACAAAAGAAAGUAACUAUAUUCUCUAUUUCCCAUUUUAACAAUAAAUUCUUAGUAAUAUUACGAAUGUUUUGAUGUGAACUUUGGUGAAGCAGUCAGUGUUAC